AGUGAACGAAAAGAAAAAAGGAAACAGAGAGAAAUAAAGAAGAAGAGAAAAGCGUCGAUAUAGUUGACAAUUUAAGAUAAAAAAUCGUCGAUAAUAAUAGUGAUGAGAAGGGGAGAAAAAAAUAUUCUUCCGAUUGGACGUGUGAAAGGUGCGAGUCUCUCGAACCAUUUCGAGUGACACUUCGUAAUUCCUACGUCUACUUUCUCUCGUUCGUCGUCGUCGUCGUCGUGUCGUGUCGUAUCGUAUCGUAUCGUCUGGUGCGUGCAUGCGUGCGUGCGUGCAUGCAUGCCGUGCCGUGGCGUGUCGUGCCGUGCAAUAAAAGUCGAUAGGAUCGAGAAUUGUCGUUGGCGUGAUACUUUAAAGUUUAAACUUACCUACGCGAUUAGAUUUCAUCGUAUUAGAUAUCACGUCUUGAUCUAACGAAGAGAAAUUAAGGACAUUGCUAUGUAUUUAAGUACACUAUGCGAAAGGGUCCAAAGGAAGGAGUUAUGAGAUCGACUCGGUGCUCUGCAUGAAUCUAAGAAUACACCACUGCGGGUGGAUCGUUGAACCAGCUUUUCCUCUCUUUCCUCUCCACGUGUCGACGAGAGCCUCGCUAACGAAAGAAAUAAAUCACAAGAACUUUCUCUCUUUCUCUCUCUCUCUUUCUCUCUCUCUCUCUCUCUCUCUCUCUCUCUCUGUCUGUCUCUUGGUCUUUCUCUUCCUCUUUCCUUGAAGUCGUUUACGCGGGAUCUCCCGCAGUUGACUCGAAAGGAUGUCUGGAGACAGCACGUCAGAUGAGGAGGGCUCGCAAGAAGACCCACCCCGAUACGAUAUCGACGACAUGGAGAUCGUCAAAACGAUCGGUACGGGAACGUUUGGGAGAGUGGUACUAUGCAGACAUCGUGGAAAACCUCUCGCUUUGAAGAUACUCUCUAUGGUAGACGUGAUCAGGCUGAAACAAGUCGAACACGUUCGCAACGAGAUCACGGUACUAAAGGAGGUCAAUCACCCCUUCAUCGUCAACAUGCUUUGGAGCGGUAGAGACGAGGCCAGACUCUACAUGCUAUUCGAAUUUGUAGCCGGUGGCGAACUCUUCUCUUAUUUGAGAGCAGCCGGAAGAUUCUCUGGACCAACCAGUUGCUUUUACGCUGCUGAAAUCGUCUGCGCUUUGGAGUACCUUCACAGCAAACACAUCAUUUAUAGAGACUUAAAACCAGAAAAUCUACUUCUCGAUAGUCAAGGACAUCUGAAAAUUACCGACUUUGGUUUUUCGAAAAAACUUACUGACAGAACGUGGACUCUUUGCGGCACACCGGAAUAUUUGGCACCGGAAAUUAUUCAGAAUAAAGGACACAACAAAGCCGUUGAUUGGUGGGCCCUCGGUGUACUGAUUUACGAAAUGUUGGCUGGUUUCCCACCGUUUUUCGAUGAUAAUCCUUUUGGAAUAUAUGAGAAAAUACUCAGCGGUAGGAUAGAGUGGCCUAAACACAUGGAUCCCAUCGCGAAAGAUCUCAUCAAGAAAUUACUCAUCGCAGAUAGAACGAAGAGAUUAGGAAAUAUGAGACAAGGAGCUGAAGAUGUUAAGAGGCAUCGUUGGUUCAAGCUUGUCGAGUGGCCUCUGGUACCUCAAAGAGCCUUGACACCACCGAUCAGGCCGAGAGUGAAAGCACCUGGUGAUCCUAGUUGUUUCGAUGAUUAUCCUGAAACCGAUUGGCGUUCUCAACCACCUUUACCACCUGACCAACUAGCACUCUUUCAAGACUUUUAGCCAAAUUCUAAGAAGAUAUUUCAUAUCUCAUACAGAUCG